AUCGGAUUGUCUGUCUGUUUGGUUGCUUUGCCACACAAAUAAUCCCACAUAAUCCCUGGUUUCCAUUGUUUUUCGAUCUACACAUUGUAAUCCAGAGAUGGCCCACUUGCACACGCUCGUUGCCUUGCUCUCCACCCUGCUGGUGCUGGUGCUAGGCUUCCCCGUGGAGAACUCGAAUCCCAAGUCCCAGGUGGAGUACAUCAGCAACAACGAGAAACCAAGUGCUGCCCAUGGAUACCCCAACAUUGUGCCCAUCACGCGCCCGCCUCUAGUUACCCAAACCGCUCCUCCGGCGCCACCCAACUCGAAGAACUUUGCCUACAAUCCCAUGACGCAGACCUGGACGCGCAUAAACCCAGGCGAAGAGCUGCCCAGCGAGGACACGCUCGUGUGGAACCAGAGCAAUGACAAGUGGCUUACCUAGGAAAUCCCUGGAAACAGGCGCUUUAAUCAUAAGUUACGUUCGGGUUAAAUAUAUUCCGAUGCCUCCUCA